UGACCGUCACCGCAGAGAGGCACGAUGGGGGCGAUAGACUUAUUGCGCCUUAGGCAGGGAACGAGCAUGGCCUCGGAGUAUGCCUUGUCACCCUGGACAGUGACAGCACCCAGUGGCUGGAAUGAGCUGGCUCUGCGGAUCGCUUUUCACAGGGGUCUGCAAACUGAUGUCCAAAUGGAGUUGAUGUGUGUCAGCGAUUCCAUGCAGCUGGAUGUCUAUAUCGCCAGGGCUAUCAAUGGGCAGCUCCAGGACCGUGACCGUUUGGCGCGCCAUGCCCAUCUCCCUUCCUGAGAUGGGCGCAGUGAUCAAUGCCUGUUCUGCACAGACCACCGCUGUUCUGCACAGACUCCACCAAUGGACUCAGCGGGGUCUGUGCCUGUUCUGCAGUGAGAAGGGGCACUUCCGGAAUGGGUGUGCCUCUGCCCUGGCGAGGAACAGGUAGGGGGGCUGCCGUUGCGCCGUUUGAGGUCUUUGAUGCCGAUCCAUCCCGUGGGGUCCAGUUCCAUAACUCACAUGACCCGCCCACUCACACUCACCAUCAAGGGCUACCAUCGAGAGAGACUGGAACUGAUGGUGAUGACGUCAUCCAUACACCCCAUCAUCCUGAAUCUUCUGUGGCUCCAGAGACACAACCCCAACAUCGCUGGGAGCAAGCGGAAGAUCCUGGGAUGGUCCCCGGAGUGUUGGAUGUCUUGACCAUCACAUGUGGAGCUACGUUGGUGGAGAGCCAUGAGGGCGCCCUACCAGCCAACAUCCAGCCUGAGUACAUGGACUUGAGCGGAGUGUUUUUCAGUGAGAAAGCCAGGUGUCUCCCUUUUCACCAUUCCUAGGACUGCGGCAUUGACCUCAUACCAGAAGCCACGUCCCUUCGAGACCAGAUUUACCCCCUCUUGGUGGCCGAAAACGAAACCAUAGAGACCUACAUCAGAGACCCUGGAGCAGGGACACAUCCGCCAUUCCACCUUCUCUGCUUCAGCGAGCUUCUUCUUCGUUAAGAAAGACGGGGGGCUUUGGCCCUGUAUUGAUUACCUGGGGCUCAAAAACAUCACCAUUAAAUACAGGUACCGAUGCCUCUUGUCCCAUCGGCAAUUGAGCAGCUGAUGGGAGCACGCUUCUUCACCAAACUCGACCUCAGGAGUGUGUACAUUGUUCUUGCACCAUUUUGAAAUUCAA